GAGUAAUUCAGCAGAAAUGCUUGCUGACUGACUCAAUGAGUCACAUACCCAUCCAGUUCAAAGAGAGAAACACUCAACAAACAUACUGUGAGUAUCAUAGAUUUAAUGUGACACUUUCAUUAUACUGUUAUGCAAUCUUUUGGAUCACAAUAUCUUGUUUGGUUACUAUGGUUUAAAAAUUAAGUACAUGCAAAUGUUGUGGUAUUUGCUUCCUCCUAAAUGUAUAUUUCCCCAAACGGUCUCAGGGAAAUUACAGACAAGUCUCCUUCUGAGCUUUCCACAAUGCCAGUGAAUGACAGCAAUGCAAGCCAGCCUUGUGAUGUGUUCAUCUACAAGGAGUCUGCUCGGAUCCUCUUUCCCAUUUUCUAUUCCCUGGUUCUUAUAAUAAGUGUUGCAGGUAACAGCCUGGUCCUGUGCAUCACCUGUCAAAAGAAACAGAAAAUGAAUUCUACAAUGAUAUAUCUGAUCAACCUGGCCAUCUCUGAUGCACUCUUCACCAUCGCUCUACCAGGCAGGAUCACCUACUAUAGCAAUGGCUUUGACUGGCCUUUUGGAGAUUUCUUGUGUCGAUUGACUGCCAUGAUCUUCUACAGCAAUACAUAUGCUGGCAUUGCCUUCAUGACUUGCAUCAGUGUGGAUCGUUACUUGGCCAUGUUGCACCGUCAACGAUGUCAAAGACUCAGGAAAACCAGGGUCGUGCGAGGUAUCUGUGCUCUGGUAUGGGUGGUGGUUCUCCUUGAGACGUCCCCGCUGCUCUUCAAGAGCAUCAUGGAACAAAGAUCCGGUCAUCGAACAUGCAUGGAGUUUUCCAAUUUUGAUGGACACAAGAUGGCAUAUGGUCUUCUGUUCGCUUGUGUCAUUGGGUUUUGUGUGCCCUUGGGACUCAUUCUGUGCUGCUACAGUCAGGUCAACUCCAAACUCUCCAGAGCGGCCAAGGAGAACCCGAUGACCAACAGAUCAGGGAGCAACAGCAGGGCAAAAAACAUGAUCCUACUCAUUCUACUGAGCUUUGUGGUGUGCUUUAGCCCCUACCACAUCAACAUCAUUCAGUUUUCAGUGAGAAGGCUGUUCUAUGAGCCCUCUUGUGAGGAUUUAAAGACUUUGAAAAUGUCCCUGCAGGUAACUGUAGCCAUGAUGAACUUUAACUGCUGCCUUGAUCCUAUUAUUUACUUUUUUGCCAUUAAAACAUAUAAGCAGAGGGUGAUGAGUAUUUUUAAGAGCUACAUUUCCAAUUCAGUGUCCUCCAAGAGCAUGCAGGAGAACAGCAGCAGCAACACGUGAGAGCUAAUUGUACUCAAAUGAAGAAAACCAUGAUGGUACAAACUUGAGGAGAUGUCCACACAUUUGUGAAUAUGAGCUUGGAUUGUUGUAGGCUGCAGAGCAUAUGGAGUUUUAAUGCAAAUUCUUUUGUCAAGCAAAUUUAAAUACCUUACUGUUAAUGGUCUUUAAUUACAUGCUAUUUUAUUUGUUGUGGAUUUUUGACCACACAUUGUUGUGCAGAAUGUAUUAAGAUUAUUGACAUUUUGUAGUCAGUCUGUCUUUUUUAGUAUGCUCAGUAUAGCAGCAUAUGUACAUAUCACUUAUCACUGUUCGUGACUCAUAUACAGUACAUCUAUAACUGACCACUGUUCUUUUGUUUAUGUAAUAUAAUUUCUUGAACAGUUUAAAGGAAACUGUUUGAAUUAUUUGAAGGAAAAAAAUAAUUAUGCCAUAUAAUAUAUAUAUAUAUAUACAGUUCUGAAAAAAUUAAGAGACCACUGCAAAAUUAUCAGAUUUAUUCUGGAUUUACUAUUUAUAGGUAUGUGUUUGAGUAAAAUGAAAUUUUUUGUUUUAUUCUAUAAAGUACUGACAACAUUUCU